AUGCUCAUGGAAUGGAGCUACUUGGCCAAGCACCAGGAUGAAGAGAAGCCGCCUCUCCCGUACCGUACCGGCGCGACAUUCCCAGCUCGCACUUGGGAUCCUCCGCUGGAGGGCCUUCCCGAUGGUCACGCUUGGGACGAAGGCGAGCUCGAUCAGGAGCUCCAAAACGAGCACCCCUUGGAGACAUGCGUCCGAUACACAGGAGCCACGCUCUCCAAAAUCAACGCCUGCGAGUGGAGCCGGGCUGAGCGAAAGGCCAUCAUGAAGGCGAUUCUUGAUGGUGAUAGUAAGAUGCGGCAAGCUGGCGGUCUCCAAAGAGAUUUGGUGCCGCGCAACGUGAUCCUCCAGGGCCAGCCUGGACACCACUUCUCAAUCAAGUUAAUCGACUUUGACCACGCAUACUGUCUGUUCGAGCCUGAACCAGAUGCCGAACUUGAACCUGAACCACCCUCUGAUAUCGUGGAAAGAUGGUCAGGCGAUGCUUUCAUGUAUGAGGAUGCCUUUAGCGAUAUUGUUGAUUGGCCGUGGGAUGAAUGGCUACACGAAGUGUAUCUAAGACCAACGGAAUGA